UUAUAACUCUCACCACUUUAUGGAGAAAAACAGUGUUACAUUGCAAAUUUUUAACUUCAAUCCAAUCAAUAUAUCUUUAGAUUUUCUAAGCAAUAAUAGUUUUUCUUUAGUAAUUUUGAUGAAUAUCUCAUACACACCUUACUGGAUUCUCUGGUUUAUAUACUUUCACCACCAGCAGCCCCUGAAUUUGCCAGUCAUGAUAAGGGAUUAACGGAGCAACAAUGUGACCAGCUGAUUGCGGAUGCACUUAAAAUGGUACCGCUUCCAACAAUGCUGUCAGGCCCACCUGACGCGUCUUAUUCCAUGGAUCAAUUUGGUACACUGCCUGCAUCUGGAACACAAUUGCCGGAGAAUCAAAUGCCAGCUGGAAUUCAGCCAUUGAUCCAGGAACAAUUGGAUCCAGCUGCAGAAAAGCUUAAGAGACAAAGAGCAAGUGAUCGAAAAUACCGCCAAAAGGAAAAGGAAAAGGAACUGAAACUCAUAGAUGAAAAUGAGGUAAACGGUCGGCUACUGAAUGCACUUAGAGCUCAAAUACAAACACUGGGGGAUCAAUUGCAGAAGGCGCAACAGCAGGUGGAGAAAAACACCAAAGUUGAGGCUGAAAAAGAGUAUUGGAAGAAACAGUAUCUUCUGUUGAGUGAAAGUUCUAAAAAGAAUUCAAGGAAAGAGAAUCAGCUGCUUCCAAAAGUGAAGGCCAUGAGGAAACAAAUUAAAAAACUUGGGAAAACAAUGCAUUGAGAAACCAAAGAAGAAACUGAAGAAACAGGUCAUGAUGGCAGAAACUGCAGAAGAAACUAAAAAUGAUAAUUGAAUGUCUACGUUGCUUGAUUUGGUUGGGCUAUCAUUAGCUUGAGGUUUCCAACUUUAUUGGUUACGAAGAGACAUUCAAUUUGAGAAUCAUCUGAGAGGUGUUAUUGAGUUCUAUGUUUAGACAACAUGGUUUUCUGGAUAUGAUUUCUAGUUUGUGUGGAUUUUUAUUGUAUUGAGGAGUGGUUGAGUUCGACAUUUAGACUGCAUGGUUUACUGCAUAUGGUUUCAACUCUCUGUGCUUUGUUAUUUUGAUAAUCUGAGUGGAUGUUGAACUUUGAGAUAGGUGGUGAUGCUAUGAUUUUAAGGAUAUUGGGAAACUUAUAAAUGUUGGAACAUUUU